AUGGCCACCUCCAGCAGUCUCCUGUCUGAAGACCAGUUCUUGUGUUCUAUCUGUCUGGAUGUGUUCACUGAGCCAGUCACCACUCCAUGUGGACACAACUUCUGCAAGGCCUGUAUAAGACAGUACUGGGAUAGCAAUGACCUGUGCCUGUGUCCAAUGUGUAAGGAGAAAUUCCAUAGAAAACCUGUGCUUCGCAUCAAUACUUUCAUAUCUGAGAUGGCUGCUCAGUUCAGGAAGUCAGUUGAAUCCCCAUGUGACAUCUGCACUGGGACGAAGCUCAAGGCCCUGAAGUCCUGCCUGGUGUGUCAGACCUCUUACUGUGAGACUCACCUGGAGCCUCAUCAGAGAGUCGCAGCCUUAAAGAGACACAAGCUGAUCAAACCUGUGGAGAAUCUGGAAGACAGGACGUGUAAGAACCACAACAGACUCCUGGAGCUGUUCUGCAGAACUGACCAGACAUGUCUUUGUGUGUUGUGCUUCAAAACAGACCAUAUGGCUCAUGACAUUGUCCCUAUAGAGGAAGAGUAUGAAGAGAAGAAGGUUCAGCUGGGGAAGACUGAGGCAGAAGUGCAGCAGAUGAUCCAGAAGAGACUGCAGAAGGUUCAGGAGAUCAAACACUUAGUAGAUCUCAGCAAGAAAGAGGCACAGAGAGAGAUAUCAAACAGUGUGCAGGUCUUCACUGAUCUGGUGCGAUCCAUUGAGAGAAGCCAGGCUGAGCUCAUUGAGAUGUUUGAGGAAAACCAGAAAGCAGCAGAGAGGCAGGCUGAAGGGCUCAUUAAAGACCUUGAGCAGGAAAUCAAUGAGCUGAAGAGGAGAAGCACUGAGCUGGAGCAGCUCUCACACACUGAGGACCACUUUCUCCUCCUCCAGAGCUUCCCAUCUCUGUGCACCCCUCCACACACCAAGGACUGGUCUGAGAUCUGUGUUCACGGUGAAAUUUGUGUAGGGACUGUGAUGAGAGCUGUAUCUCAGCUUGAGGAGGCACUUAUGAGAGAGGUGAGGAAGUUGUGUGAUGCUGAGUUAAAGAGGAUUCAGCUGGAGACAGUGGAUGUAACUCUGGACCCUGAUACAGCAUAUCCCAAACUCACCCUUUCUGAGCAUUGGAAACAAGUGAGACAUGAAGGCACACUAAAGAAACUCUCUGAUAACCCAGAAAGGUUUGAUUCUAAUUGUUGUGUCCUGGGAAAGAAGGGGUUCUUCUCAGGCAGAUUUUACUAUGAGGUGACGGUCCAGGGGAAGACUAAGUGGGAUUUAGGAGUGGCCAGAGAGUCCAUCAACAGGAAGGCAAAGAUCAUAUUAAAGCCUCAAAAUGGAUACUGGACUGUGGUCCUCAGGAAUGGGAAUAAGUACAAGGCCAAUGCAGGACACCCUGUUACCCUCUCAUUGAGAAAGAAGCCCCAGAAGGUGGGGGUGUUUGUGGAUUAUGAGGAGGGUCAGGUGUCCUUUUAUGAUGUGGAGGCCAGGUCUCAUAUCUACUCUUACACUGGUUGCAUAUUCACUGAAAAACUAUAUCCAUACUUCAGCCCCUGUAAUAAUGCUGGUGGUAAAAACUCUGCUCCUCUGAUCAUCUCUUAA